AUGGUCGCCCUCGCAGCUGCCCACGCCCUGUCGCCCGACGACUCGCCCGACCUGCACGUCGCCGACCUCUCCUCCGAGGAGGACCAGCUCGCCCUCGAGCAGCUGUCCGACGACCGCGACGCGUCCGAGAACCCCAGCGAUGAGGCACAGGACGCCCAAAAAAGCAAGCCGACGGGGCCUGGGGGCGGGGAUGCGGGCCCCAGCAUGGAUGCCGCCGGCACUGCUGCUAAUGCAUCCGACGGCGCACAAACUGGUCUGCUGCCCAGGGAUAAACAGCGCAGGACGGCCUUCUACGACCGCGCCUCCGAGAAGCAGAUGAGCCACUCCGAGGCCAAGCAGUUUUUCCAGCGCCACCAGCUCGAGACCCAGGUCGGCAGCAGCAAUUGGUCCCAGGACGGCGACAGCGACAUGAUUCCGAGAGCCCAGCGGUCGCCCCGCGCCACCGUCCACGCCCAGGGACACACCAGUUAUCGCUCCACCCUGCCCGUCGAGGUCGAGUCCCCCAACCCGGACAAGCUCCCCAGCCUCGCCGGUGCGUUCGGUGCCCCCAGCUACUACGCCCACGCCAAGCCAGACGAUCCGUUUCUCGAGGCCGAUCGCACCGCUCGUUCCCACAGUCACCACCCUACUCUUCCCCAUGAAUCCAAGCCGCUGUUGGAGCAGCACGGCAUACACGGCGCCGGCGCCGGCGUUGGCGUGGGUUACGGCAACGGCGGCUUCGCUGCCAACGAUUCCAGUGUCGCCGAGGAGUUGCGCAACAUCUACACGCAGAUUCAGAAAGUCCUCGACAUCCGCCACAAGUACAUGCGUCUCUCCCUGCAAGGCGACUUCGACAACCCCAAAGACGACCCUAGCUGGGAAAUCUACCCUCCUCUGCCGGAUCCUGCCUGGGACCACAACCGCUACGCGGGUACUGCUACCAAUGGCCUCAACAGCAUGAGCAACAGCCAGAUGCUUGAUCCUGAUGCGAAGCCGCGAGCAGCCCCGAAGCCGCCGAGGAAGCCAGGUCAUGACAUCGGUGAGGACUUCGACAUUGAUGAUUUGCUGCCUCUCCCCGGCCCCUCGGAGAUGAACUUCAAGCUCGACGACAGCAGUGUAUUCCAGGUCUACGAGACCGAGGCUUCCGCCGAGCUUAACAAGCCCAUGGUGAACAUUCCGGAUAUCAGGGAGUUCUACAUGGAUCUAGACGAGAUUAUCAGCGUGUCCACCGACGGGCCCAUCAAAAGUUUUGCUUUCAGGCGUCUGCAGUAUCUCGAGGGAAAGUUCAAUCUCUACUACUUGCUGAACGAGUAUCAGGAGAUAGCGGACAGCAAGAAGGUGCCUCACAGAGACUUCUACAACGUCCGUAAGGUCGACACUCACGUUCAUCACUCUGCCUGCAUGAACCAGAAACAUCUGCUUCGGUUCAUUAAGAGUAAGAUGAAGAAGUCUCCCGACGAGGUCGUACUGUACAGAGACGGCAAGCAUCUGACCCUAAGAGAGGUCUUUGAGAGUAUCAACUUGACUGCGUAUGACCUCAGUAUUGACACUCUUGAUAUGCAUGCCCACACGGACAGUUUCCACCGAUUCGACAAGUUCAAUCUGAAGUACAACCCUAUCGGGGAAUCCAGGCUGAGGACCAUCUUCUUGAAGACUGACAAUUACAUCCACGGACGCUACCUGGCAGAGAUUACAAAGGAGGUUAUGGCGGAUCUAGAGUCCAGCAAGUACCAAAUGGUGGAAUGGAGAAUCUCCAUCUACGGCCGCGAUCUUGAGGAGUGGGACAAAUUAGCCGCAUGGGUGGUCGACAACAAGCUCUUCUCUCUCAACGUGCGCUGGCUCAUCCAGGUCCCUCGUCUUUACGACGUCUACAAGAGCUCGAACUUGAUGGACAACUUUGAGCAGAUUGUUCGCAACAUUUUCCAGCCCUUGUUCGAGGUUACCAAAGACCCUAACAGUCACCCAAAGCUGCACAUCUUCUUGCAGAGGGUCAUUGGCUUUGACAGUGUUGAUGAUGAGAGCAAGCCCGAACGUCGGCUUUACAGGAAGUUCCCCAAGCCAAAGUGGUGGGAUACCAAGCAAAACCCUCCCUACAGCUACUGGAUCUACUAUCUCUUCGCCAACAUCGCCUCACUCAACGUUUGGCGCAAGCAACGAGGCUUCAAUACAUUCUUGCUCAGGCCGCACUGUGGUGAAGCCGGCGACACGGACCACUUGGCGGCAACGGUCCUUUGCUGCCAUAGCAUCAGCCACGGCUUGAUGCUCAGGAAGGUUCCUCUUCUUCAAUAUAUCUUUUAUCUGGACCAAAUCGGCAUUGCCAUGUCUCCGCUGAGCAACAACGCGCUUUUUCUGGCGUACGAGCGGAACCCGUUCCUCUCCUACUUCAAGCGCGGCCUGAACGUGUCUCUGUCUACGGAUGACCCUCUUCAAUUCGCUUUCACCAAAGAGCCCUUGAUCGAGGAGUACUCGGUCGCGGCGCAGAUCUACAAGCUGAGUGCGGUGGAUAUGUGCGAACUGGCCAAGCAUUCGGUCGAGCAGAGUGGCUUCGAGCACGCCGUCAAGCAGAGAUGGCUGGGUGCGAACUACCAUUUGCCAGGUGUUGCAGGAAACGACAUGAGCAAAGUCAAUGUACCAAACAUCAGAGAGGCGUUCCGCCACGAAACCCUGCAGGCUGAGCUCGCCAUGAUCUCCCGAUACACCAGCACUGGCACCAGCGAGCCGCUCUCGAUGCGCAACGUAGCGGCGAAGACGCCGGCCGAGCAAGCAGCAAAUGGGACGGGGCGGCAACCGGCUUCGCCCACGGCGAGAAAGACUCUGCAGGUUGACGUGCCUCUGGCUCAAGCUCCCACAUCAGCGCCACAGGACCGUCUGACGAGUGUGAAGAAUGCUCACCUCAAAAUGUCAGCUUCUUCCAGCGACCUCGUGGGCCGCGAUGAUGGGUCCACAGCUGGAAGCAACCCGAUGCACGUCAGCCGCAAAACCAACCGGUCCUCUUCGAUGGUGGCGACAACGCCGUCGGUGAUACCGAUGCCGCAGCCUUUCCUCGGGCCGCCCCUUUCUCCACAGCAGAGCGUCACGUCGGCAUCGGCGUCACAUCUCGACCCUCACGAGCCUCGACUUUUCCCGGGAGUGGUGAGCAGACACCGCAAGAGCAGCAACACGCAGAGACCAGCCAUGGAGGGAGGCGAGCUGGACAGCACGUGGGUGGGGGUUAAGAAGAGCGGAUCACACCCGCUGACGGAUGCGAGCGACGCGGCAGUCUUCGACGAUCCGUUGGAAGAGGAGUCGGAGGGCGAGGGCGAGGACGAGGAAUGA